AUCUCAUCCUGGUGCCCGCGGCCAGCUUGGCCACCUUGGGCGGCCAGAUGGGGCAGCCAUCUCGGCUCAAGAGCACCCUGCUGCUGCUGACGUGCGUGGCUGGCAUCUACGUCAGCUAUCUGACGCAGGGGGUGGUGCAAGAGACGCUCAGCACCAAGCAGUUUGGCGCAAACGGCGCGCGCUUUGGCUACUUGUCCUCGCUGAACGCCGUGCAAUGCUGGGUCUGCUUCCUGUGGGCCGCCUUGCUGCUGGUAUUGUUCGACAAGCGGCAACCCGGUGUCGAGUACCCUCCCUUCACCGCAUACUGGAAGCCCGCAAUCACAAACUGCGUGGGCCCCGCCUGCGGCCUGCACGCCCUCAAAUACAUCAGCUAUCCCGCCCAGGUGCUGGCCAAGUCGUCCAAGAUGAUCCCGGUGAUGCUGAUGGGCACAGUACUGCACGGCAAGCGGUACAGCAUGCUGGAAUACGCCUGCUGCUUGGCCAUCUCAGCCGGCGUGGGCCUGUUUGGCAUGAAGAGCAGCAGCAAGGUCACCCGCAAGCUGGCCAGCCCCAACGCGCCGCUGGGCUACACGCUGUGCCUGGUGAACCUGGUGCUGGAUGGAUACACCAACGCGGCGCAGGACGAGAUCCACAAGCGGCACAAGCAUGGCAGCGCGCUGCAGAUGAUGUGCUGGAUGAACUUCUGGUGCGGCCUCUACUACCUGCCCAUCAUGUUUGUGUUCAGCAGCGUGGGCAGCGACCUGCUGGCCUUCUGCUUCCAGCACCCCGAGGCGAGUGCAGGCGCCCUCCUCGCCGGCUACGAUGUCCUGCUCUUCUGCCUGUGCGGCGCGGUGGGCCAGCUCUUCAUCUUUGCCACCAUCAAACGCUUUGGCUCCCUGCUCAACACCCUCGUCACCACCACCCGCAAGUUCUUCAACAUCCUGCUCAGCGUAUUGUGGAAUGCCAACCCGUUGCUGCCGCAGCAGUGGGCAGCCGUGGUGCUGGUGUUCUCGGGCCUGCUGGUGUCGUCAUGGACCAAGAGCAGGCGGCAUGCAAAGCACGCGCCGGAGAAGAAGCACUGACCUUGGGACUAAAAAUAAACACCGUCUGUCCAUGCUUGGGUGCUGGCUCCUGCCACUCUACCUCCAGCACUGCUGUGAGUUUGGCUGGCUAGCCGCGGAUUAUGUGGCUGGACCGGUCUGUC